CCUGGGAACAAGUGCGUGCGUCGCGUCCCUCUUGGGGUGGGAGGCCUGGAGCAUGGCACACCGCUUCCCCUUAACACCCCCGCCCCUGAGGGAAAGGAACAGUACACCGAGGUUGUCCGCGAAAAAUCAUUUUAAAAAGAGCAAUCACCAAAAACCGGGCAUCCGUCCCCGUGAAAUUUGUACCACAGCUGCCUGCUUCAUGAUCAGUCUGCAGAAUUUCUAUUAGCAUUUUUUAAAAAAAAACUGAUAGUUAAAAUUAAAGGCUUUGGUCAAGUCGCAGGCAAAAUUUCUAGUUGUAAUUUGAAAAUCUGACCGUUUAAUUUGCAAAUGCCUAAGUCAAGGGAAGUUGUUUCUACAAGUUCAGACAGCGAAUCAGAUAGUGAAGUAGAUCAAAAGGCUAAGAGAAAGAAGUCCGUUCCAGCAGAGAAACCAGUAAAAAAGCAAAAGAGUGGAGAAAGUUCUGGGGGUGCAAAAUGUGCCAAGAGUGACAAAGAUGAUAACCUAUUUCAGAUUGGCAAGAUGAGAUAUGUCAGUGUGCGUGAAUUCAAAGGCAAAGUUCUAAUUGAUGUCAGAGAAUAUUGGAUGAACCAAGAUGGUGAAAUGAAGCCUGGAAAGAAAGGAAUCUCCUUAUUACCAGACCAAUGGAAUCAGCUGAAGGAAAUGAUUCCUGACAUUGAUGAUGCACUGAAAAGGUUAUAGAAUGACCAUAACAGAUGUACCCUGCUUUUUGUCAUUGAACAUGUCCAUCUUUAACAUUUACUUGUGUUUUCUAAAAUAAGAAAUUAAGCUUGUUUGUAUUGUAAUGUUCAUAAUGUGACUGUUUGUUUUAUGUAUAUGCAGUACAUCCCAGCUUUCAUAUUUUUUAAAAAUCUCUUAAGGGUACACUAUUUAGAAAAAAUGGUAUGGAAUUUGUUUUUAGUGUUAAAAUUACAUUUUUGUUUCUUGAUUUGAUGUUUGGCACCUGCCAUAUCAUGUCGCUAGACUUGUAUUAUCCUAAGCUAGUAGUUACAAAUAUUUUCAAGAACAACUUUUGUUUAAAUUCAUGCAGCUCUAUGCAGACACUUCUUUUUUUUGACGUAUGGUUCAAUCAUUAAAUCUUCUGGCUAUUUCAAAUUGGCAUUUUUAGCUUUCCCAGUGGCCUUUUGGGUAAAUACAGCACCGGGUGUAGCAAUAAAUUUUACAGGCCAGUAGAUAUUUGAUGUAUGAUAUGUUCCGUGUUAGCAGAGUUGAUCUUGUCGACAACAGCAGUUGAACUGCAAGAAUUUGACUGUGUCCUGUCAUAAGAGGGGUGUGAGGCAAGGUUUCCCAAUUGUGACUAUCAUUCGCUAUCCAUUACUAGAAAAUAAACCUGUUAAUGUCUUUUGAGGGUUGGGUUAAGCCUACUAGAUUGCUGUCCAUGAUUGGAGCUGUUUGAUCGAUGAUGAAACAUUUAAUCAUUAAGACUUGCAUAUGAAGAAUGACAUCUUGAAUGAGUUGCCAAAGAGCUAUGUCUGGAACGCCACUCCAAAAAGAGUUGGUGUCAUCAGGAUGGUUGGAGAGGAGAUGAAGAAGCAUUACAUGUCACUAAAACCAUGGGAUAAUUUAAUAGUGGUUUGACAAAGGUUUCUUUUGCUUUUUGUUUUUAAAGGAUGUUUACUGUCUGUUAAAGCUUCUCACUGAGCUUCUGAUAGUCCCAACAUAUCAUGUAAUUUUUGGAGUUGGGGAGGAUCGGAUUGUAGUGUUCGACUUCAAUUAAUUGAAGCUUGGUCCUCCACACAAAUAUUUGUUCGAUUCUGUAGCUCAAAUAAAUUGAUUUAGCUGUGGGUUUUUCCAAGCUCUCUCUGGACUAGUAAACACUCUUAAUGGCUUUAUAAUAACGAAUGGACUGGUGCAGGGAACUGUAACUUGUUUAGGUGACUGAAUAGUAAUUUUAAAAAUGUGCAUCAAUAUGGCUGUCAUUUAGUCCAGGAUUUUUCAACAUUUCCCUGGUCUUUGCUUGCUGUAAAUGCAACUGUUUAAGUGAUGGCUACUUAGGAGUAAUUAUAAGCUGAAACAUGACUGAUAAGUCAUGUAACCAUAUAGGUGCUUGUCAUAGUGCUUUCAUGAGGUACCACUCCCAAUUUAAUAUUUUCACACAGCAUGCUUUGACUACUUUCAGUAUGCUUUUGUAUUAUUUCACAAUGUUCACAUUUCUCUGAUCUGUACUGAAAUGUGGUAAAAAUAAAUAAAGCUGUUGCAGCAACUUGAA